UUCAACGCACUGGUGAUUGGCGUGCAACACGUCUGUGUGGUGUUUAUUGUGCGAUUAGAGGUUUUCGCCAUCAAUUCCCUUGGAGUGGCUGGAGUCAUUUCGAUUUUUCUACCUGUUAAUGGGUGUUAAUGGAGCUGCAAGAAUGGAUGUAAACAAGCGCAAAUGUAAACAAUAACUUGUAGACGGUGGUUUCUGGACGUUAUAACAAAUAAAGUAAUAAUUUUGAGGAGCCUUAUCUUGUACAAUAUGUCAGCCGGGAUGAAUAAACCGGGAUCUAAAUCAACUACCUCGUUGCCUCCAGACCCCAUGGAUAUCAUAAGGAGCAAAGCCUGCUGCAGGAGAGUGCGGCUGAACGUUGGGGGGCUUCCGCACGAGGUUCUUUGGAGAACGCUGGACAGGUUACCCCGCACGCGGCUGGGGAAACUAAGAGACUGCAACACGCACGAGUCUCUUACUGAAAUAUGUGAUGAUUACAACUUGGACGAUAACGAGUACUUUUUUGAUCGCCAUCCCGGGGCGUUCACUUCUAUUUUGAAUUUUUACCGCACUGGUAAGUUGCACAUGAUGGAGGAAAUGUGCGCGCUGUCGUUCAGUCAGGAACUGGAUUACUGGGGAAUAGACGAGAUAUAUCUGGAAUCUUGCUGCCAAGCCAGAUAUCACCAGAAAAAGGAACAAAUGAACGAGGAACUGAAACGAGAGGCCGAAACUAUGCGGGACAGGGAAGGAGAUGAGUUUGAAAACACAUGUUGCGCGGAAAAAAGAAGGAAGCUUUGGGACCUUCUGGAGAAACCCAGCUCUUCUGUGGCCGCCAAGAUUUUGGCGAUCAUAUCCAUCCUCUUCAUUGUAUUAUCAACGAUUGCCUUGUCCCUCAACACCCUCCCGGAGCUGCAGGAUACGGAUGAAUUCGGACAGGUCACUGACAACCCCCAACUGGCUCACGUGGAAGCCGUUUGCAUUGCAUGGUUCACCAUGGAGUACCUGCUACGGUUCCUAUCUUCCCCCAGCAAAUGGAAGUUCUUCAAAGGGCCGCUGAACGUGAUCGAUCUGUUGGCCAUUUUGCCCUACUACAUCACAAUCUUCCUUACAGAGUCCAAUAAAAGUGUGCUACAGUUCCAGAACGUCAGAAGAGUGGUCCAGAUAUUCCGGAUCAUGAGGAUCUUGAGGAUUCUGAAGCUCGCCAGACACUCCACAGGCUUGCAGUCUCUUGGAUUCACUCUGAGACGAAGCUACAAUGAGCUGGGGUUGCUAAUUUUGUUUCUAGCAAUGGGCAUCAUGAUAUUCUCCAGCUUGGUGUUCUUUGCUGAGAAGGACGAGGAUGACACAAAGUUUAAGAGCAUCCCUGCUUCUUUCUGGUGGGCUACCAUCACCAUGACUACAGUAGGGUAUGGGGAUAUCUACCCUAAGACUCUUUUGGGUAAAAUAGUUGGGGGGCUUUGUUGUAUCGCUGGGGUGUUGGUGAUUGCGCUUCCUAUACCAAUUAUUGUGAACAAUUUCUCAGAAUUCUACAAGGAACAAAAGAGGCAAGAAAAGGCAAUCAAGCGCCGAGAAGCCCUCGAGAGGGCAAAGAGAAAUGGAAGCAUAGUUUCAAUGAACAUGAAGGAUGCUUUUGCCCGGAGUAUAGAACUGAUGGACAUCGUGGUGGAGAAGAGUGGAGAAAACAUGGAUAAGAAGGAGAAGGUGCAGGACAACCACCUUUCACCCAACAAAUGGAAAUGGACAAAACGGACCAUGUCAGAGACAAGCUCCAAUAAGUCUUUAAAUAUUAAAGACCAAGUCUCGCCGGACACAGCUCGACCAAGCACGAGCCCUCAGCAUCUCAAUGUGCAAACGCUGGAAGAAAUGUAUAGUAAGAUGGCCAAGACUCAAUCCCAGCCCAAUCUCAAUACUAAAGAGGGAGGCCAGUCAUCAAAAGUAGACAAACAAAGUGAUGAAAUAGAGAUGGACAGUAUCCCGGGUCCAACAGAUCCUGUGCUGGCCCCCCCUGAAGGAAUUAUUGACAUGAGAAGCAUGUCUAGUAUUGACAGUUUUAUAAGUUGUGCCACAGAGUUUCAAGAAAGCGGAAGAUUCCCUCACAGUCCAAUCACCUCCCUGUCCUUCAAAGUCAGUGCAAAUCCGUCUCUGGAGACCACUCAUGAGUACGAAGGACUGCUCUCUCCUAAAACUGCCACCAGCGCACAAAUUUAUCCGGUCAAGGGGAACAGUUUCCUGGAGAUGAAUAGCAACAAUCCAAAUUCCCAACCCCCUUCCUUUAGGUUCAACAAUCUGUUGAAAUCCAGGUCCUUCAAAGUGAAUUUCCAGGAAGCCGGUGCUUUUCAAAGCGCGCCUGGAACGUCGGCUUCUGUUACAAAUACUCUGAGUGGGCCUCUUUCAGAUAGCUCUCUGUUUUCUGAGCGGUCUUUGCUUAGUCCCGAAGUCUCAAUCUACACAACAGCUAGUUGCAAAACACCUCCUAAAUCUCCAGAGAGCCUCAUGCCAAACGUGUUCACCUUCCAUGAUGCUUCCAUUAACAAAUAUAUUGAUGCAGACACCGAUGAAGAAGAACAUUUACAAGAUGGGACUGACAUAAGUGCUUCCAAAUGGCUUCUGGGUAACGCAAGCCCAAAGUACAACGUAAACAGCAGCUAUCAGAAGCAGAGAGGUAGCCACCUAGAAGUAGCAGCAUCGCAGAGGUUAGUGGGUCAAAACUGCAUUUUCCCUUUGGAGGGCAUUGCGGGGAGAAGCACACCAGGUUGCAAUCAGGAAACCAGCAAAUUGGAGAACCACAUCUCACAAGACAUCCGCUUUCCAAGCAGCGAAAGAAGCCGCUCCAACACAUACAAUGAAAGCAUCUGACUGCUUCUAGACCAACGACAGAGAGGGACGUUACACAGGAAAACUGACAUCUUCUUUAGGGGAAAAAUGAGAGCUUUUGCAUGGCAUGAUCAGCUGUUUCGAAGAAGCCAAGGAGAGAUGUGAAAAGAACCAGUCCUGCUUAAGAUGGGAUUUAAAUAUUACUGUGAAUUUCCAAAUACUGAUGAAAAUGUAUUCUACUCUCCUUUUCUUCUCCCUGAAUGGGAGAAACAGGCUUUGUGAAUCAGUAUUAAUAUGGACCUCUUGUGGAGGCUACAAGUACUAUAUGUAAAUACAGGACUAUGAAUACAAAUAAAAAAUAAAAACACACUUUGAAAUUUUAGAUUGUUUUGCAAUGUGCUAUAAGGAGGAUAUACCAGAGCUGUCAUACUUCUUUAAUUUCCUUUAUCCACAUGUAUGAAGCACCUGUUUUAAUAUUAGAUAGGUUGUUUUAAUAUUGAAGUAAUGCCUUGUUACUUUAUCCAAAACGGACCUUAGGUACAGGGUUGCUGAUAGAAGCUGUUAGAAUGAAUUGUGCUGUUUCUGAAUAAGGGGAAAAAUUACGAGCAUUGCUGCACAGACACACUUGCUAGGGUUGGUAUUGUUUCUAAAUACCAGGUAUAUUUUUUUAUCAUGUGCAGGGUUUACACGUAUUUACAGUCCUCACUUUAGACAUACAAAGCGCAAUUUUCAACAACAAAUGUUAGUCAGUCCCUCAUAUUGUCAUAAACAGCAAACACAUCGUUAGGAGAGGGCUCAGUAGUGCACGUGGUCUGGGUGUUUUGGAAAUUUCAAAUCGAGAAUGGUGCAGCUCCUUCUGUACAUCUACAUUCAAAUAACGACUUCUGCACACACUCACACAUUGUUCUGAUCUCAUAUGAUUAUUUUGUAGCUAGCCAUUCAGCUUCUUCAUUUUAUAAAUAGACAAUAAUGUUUGCUUAUUAUAUUUUGAAGUCUUAAGAGCCAAAGAAUUUGGUGUUCUAAUCAGUGGCACUGGGACAGCUUUUAAAGUAGAGAUGCUGAAAGCCAUUGAACAAAACUGUAACCCCUGUAUAUGAUGGAAGCCAUGUAAAGCCAUCUGAACCCCCCAGCACCCCUAGUUCCAGCGCCCCUAGUUCUAACAGGGGCUUGCAUCACAAGAGAAUGUCUCUUCUUGUAAAGUUGCGUUUGGCAGGAGCAGAUGAGUGAGUGCUGGGUUAUGUUCUUUUUGCCUAUUGUUUGGAAGGUAGAUAUCUUUCUCUGAAUUCUACACUUGCAAUGCAAACAUAGUGAGAAAUCUACUAAUGCAAUGAAAGUGGUUGUCAGCUGGUAUAUAGAAAGUCUUUGGCUGACAAGCAGGUAAAUGCAUUUAACACAUAUACUCCAAACAUGCUCUGUUAGAUCAUCUAUACCAUCCAGUAUAUUUACAGCCACCCCACAUUCAAAGCACUACGCUCAAGCCUGUUCUGAAAGAUGCAUAGCAGGACUAUCUCAUUUUAAAGAGCCUGUUAGAUGGCUUCUGUUUAAGUUUAAUUUACCUGCAUGAUUAUAAUAUCCUCCGGCACCUUGUAAUUAUAUGUAAAAUAUUUCUACUGUAUUAUAUACAUUUCUAGACGGAACUCUCCUACCUUAAUAUAUCAGACCCGUUUGAGACGCUUUUUGUUUUACCCUCACCCCCAGUGCCCCGCUACUUGUGUCCUAACUUACUGCUUACAAGUCAGGUAGAUUUCUUGUGCCUUUCCUUGUAAGCUCAGCUUAGGACUCAGUUCCUUCUCUAUACACAGCCUACGUUUAGCCAGAAUGUGGCUCUGGAUGUGGUCAAGGCCUAGUGCAUACUGUCACGUACACAACUCUUAGUACUG